AUGGUAGUCAGGCGCCCCACGGCUGCCUCAAAGCUGACGUCGAUACACGCACAUGGCCUCGCAUGCGCCGCGCCGCUCGCCUUGAGCCACCCCCAGAUCGACGCAUGCAAUGACGAGGGGUGGCAGCCCGUGCACUACGCCGCCCUCGAGGGCCGCACCCCCUCCCUCGACCACCUGCUGCUGCUGCGCCCUGCGCUGGUUGAGGCUGAGGAGGCCGAGGGCUGGCGCCCCCUGCACGCGGCCGCGUUCGGCGGCCAGGCCGACGCGCUCAGGGGGCUGCUCGCCACGUGGCGCGCCGACGUGGACGCGCCAGACAAGGGUGCGGGGCGCUGGCGCGCGGCGCACUUUGCGGCGGACGGCGGCAGCGAGGCGGCGGUGCGCGUGCUGAUAGCGGCUGGCGCGGACGUGACGGCGCCGGAUGCCCAGGGCAGGCGGCUGCGCGACUUGGCGCAAGCAGAGGGGCAUACGCACGUUGUGGUGCUGCUGGACGGUGUGGUGGGCGGGGCAGUCGGGCUAGAGCAGCAGCAGCAGCAGCAGCAGCAGCAGCAGCAGCAGCAGAAGCAGCAGCAGCAGCAGCAGCAUUAUUCACAGAAACGCUUGGAGGAGCAGCAGCAGGGGGGCCAGCAGCAGGAGGACCGGGAGGGGCAGGAGCGAACGCAAUCAUCUUCCUCAUCUUUCGCAGCAGCAGCUGUGCUGGUGUCGUUUGGAGGGCCGGAGAUCUCAAAACGGCAGCGACUGCAGUGA